UCCAGAAGAAUCCCAUCAAACAUCAAAUCCAUUUUUGUUAGAAGAAUUCCUAUUCCUACCCGAAAUUAGUAACUUUUCCCUCUUUUCCCCCCUCCCGCUUUUUCUAGGAGAGGGGAUAAAAGCUUAACAAUCUUUGCCUCUUCUUCUUUGGAAAUAUUGUUAUCAAUACUUUUGUAUUUUCUGAAAUCUUGAACAAAAAUUUGAUAAGAUAAUUUUAAUGGGUUUAAUUUUGGAAGAAGAAGAGAAGGAAAUGUUAAUGGGACCGGCGAAUUUCUCAGUAGUGGAAGAAAAUUGCAUAUACAGAUCUGGGUUUCCUCAGCCCUCCAAUUUCCCCUUUCUUCACUCCCUCAAUUUGCGCUCCAUAAUAUAUUUAUGUCCGGAGCCUUAUCCUGAAGAGAAUUUAGAGUUUCUUAGAAUUAAUAAUAUCAAGCUUUUCCAAUUCGGAAUAGAUGGUACUAAGGAGCCAGCAGCUAUACCCCGGAAUGCUAUAACAGAGGCUUUGAAAGUGUUAAUUGAUGUCAGAAAUCAUCCAGUUCUUAUCCACUGCAAGCGUGGGAAGCAUCGAACUGGUUGUCUAGUUGGGUGCCUGAGGAAAUUGCAGAACUGGUGUCUUUCUUCUGUUGUGGAGGAGUACAAGCAUUUUGCUGGCUCAAAGUGGAGGGAAACAGACCUGAGAUAUCUGGAAACCUACGAUGUUUCGUGCAUAAAGCAUUGCCUUGAGAGCAUUAUCUAUAGGUAUUACGGUUCAAGGAUGAGGCGCUUGCUUUACGGAGAAGAAAAUCUGCAGAAGCCCCAAAUGACUUAUGUUCUAUAUGGGUCUUAAUUUUAGGAAGGGUUGGGAUAUCCCCAUUAUUAGUCUUUACACUAUAAGAUUCUGAUUUUUUACAUUGUAGAAAAUCUGCAGAAGCCGCAGAUAAAGUAUAGGGGUCUUCAUUUUAAGAAGAAUUGGGAUAUUCCCAUUAUUGUUCUUUUGAUCCAUCUGUAUACACCAAUGUGUUUCACAAGUGCUUUAGUUCAAUACUUUUCUUGUUCACUUUUAAACAAAAUGCUCAUAUGGGCGCGUGAGGUUUUAUUA